AUGAAGGCGAAUCUAUUGCUCUCUGCGCUGGUCAGCGGUGCAGCGGCCAAGAGCAUAGCGCCUCCAGGACCGCCUGUCCAGCACAUCUUCUCAAACCCGCCAGAAGAGCAUGGCGAAUGGUACAAGCUACCGACCGUCAGAGAGUCCGCAGCAAUGGCUCGAAAGAUCCUACACUUGACCACACUCGGCACACUCGUGACAAGAUUUCCUGGGCCGUCAUCCGCGGGCGAAGUCGAUUUGCAAGAUAGUCGUCCGGCAAACGUCGCCGGUGAUGGCGUUGGUCUGAUGGAGUACUACGCAGACUGCGAUCCUCACACCGGCAACCCCAUCAUGCUCGCGAUAGACAUUGCCACGCCGUUCAGGAAUUACAAGCAAGGCUCGAACAUCAGCCUUAGCGUAAGAUGGUGGCCGGAACGCAAGAAGACAUACUCCUCCCUCUUCUGGUCUCCGUCAGACGAGGAAGAGGGAAUCCCAACACCACACACGCCUGCUGCGCUGCCUCGAUUCUCUCUGCAUGGACACCUCGUCGAUGUAUCCCCCAAUCGAUCGGAUUACGACCGGAUACAGAAGUGUUUCCUGCGAUCGCAUCCAGACUCCAUCUACUGGCAGCCGGGCAACGAGGUCUCGCAUGCAAGCCACUACGUACAGCUGGUUGUCGAGCAUGUCUUCUGGUUUGGCGGCUUUGGAGAUCGCGCGAGAAUUCAGUGGUUACCGGUCGAAGAGUGGAGGAAUGUCAGUAUGAAGGAAGCUUUCGAGGCAAGGCUACCCGGCGAGCACAAGAAGAAGAAGACAAGCUGUACAUCGGACAAGAGCUGGUGGAGAAAUUGGUUAUGA